AUGGAAGACCUUGACUUUACUCAGUCAUCUGAAGCAGCCUCAGAGUAUGACAAGUUGCCUCACCCUGAUUAUGAAAAUAUAUUGGUGCUAAUUGAACACCUUAGAAUGGAGUACAAAGAUUCUAGCAGCCUAUUAAAAAUCCAGGAUACAGUUCAUUCAUAUAAAAGAUUAGUACAACUUAAAAAUAGUCACUGUGACGUACUUAUAGAAAAAAAUAAAACAAUGGAAAAUAAAGUUAGUGGACUACAUAAGAAGCUGUCAGAAACAGAGCAUGAAAAAAUGGACCAAGAACAAGAACUCUGCAAUUUGAGAUUUGCUUUAAAACAAGAAGAGGAGAAGAGAAAAAAUGCCGAAUGGGUUUGUGAAAAAAUGAAGGAACGGUUGAGAGAAAAAGAAGAGCAGUGUGAUAAAGAAGCUGAAAUGAAACAGCAGCUUGAAAGCCACGUUAGAAAACUGGAUGUGGAACUGAAAACUGUAAGAAAUAAACUUACUCAAACUUUAGAAGAAUGCAAUGACACCCAGAGGCAACUUCUGGAAGAACAGAAUGCCAGACGCUUACAGGAUGAGAAUCUGGUGAAUCACCUGCACAAGCAAAAGGAGCUAGAAAUGGCACAAGACAAAAUUAGUUCUGAGUUACAAGAAGCACUGGAUCAAAGCACAAAGUCCGAACAAUGUGCUAAGAAAAUGCAAGACUGCAUACAAAAACUUGGACUUGAAAAUUACAAGUUAAAAGUUACAGUAACAAAGCAAGCAGAGAGAAUUGAACAGCUGAAGGAAAACCUAGUAAACGAAAAUUUGAAUGAUGAUCUUACUGCAAAACUGGAAACUGCAUCUUCAAAAUAUCUACAUCUACAUAAAGAAAAUCAGCUUCUCCAGCAGGAGUUAUUGUCUAUGAAAUCCACAAAAAGGAAAUGUGAACAACUAAGGGAGCAUAAAAAGAAGUUGGAACAAGAAAUAGUUAACCUCAAAAGUCACAUGGAAAAGAAUAUGAUAGAAUGUGGUCAAGUAGAACAAUAUAAAUGGGAAAUUGAAGAGAAAACAAAACAAGAUCUAGUGGAAAAAUUGAAACAAGUCAAUCUAUUCUUACAGGUACAAGCAGCAUAUGAGGAAAAGUUACAGCAAUUAAGAAAUAAACAGAAUGCUUCAAUAAGAAGUCAGAUGGAUCUCAGAAUAAGAGAUCUAGAAUCUGAAUUCUCUAAAAUGAAAAAUCAAGUAGAUUGUAACAAAAUAGAAAUGGAAAACUAUAAGCAACUCUAUCUAGAAGAAGUCAAAAUUAGAAAAUCAUUGUCGAAUAAACUAAGCAAAACAGACGAGAGGCUAGCGGAGGUAAAGACUGAACUUCUCUUGGAGAGAAGGCAGAACAGACCUUUACUGUAUAGCACUCUCAAUACAAGGCCUGCCUUAGAGUCCAUUUGUCCUGGAGACCUUAGUGAUAGAUUUUUCAUUUCAAGAAGUUUUUCAAGAGAAAACUUAGUUGUUCCUACCUCGAAUCUCUGGCAUUCUAUUGAGACCAUGCCAGACUGCAAAAACAAGGAGGCUCCGUCCCAAGGCCUCAGGCUCACAGACUAA